AGGCAAUGGUUAAGUUAACUGUUUUCUGUUUCUUGCCAGGUGCUAGUAAUGUAAAGCCAUUGGAUGGUGUGAAAAUUCUUGAUCUAACAAGGGUGCUUGCAGGACCUUUUGCCACGAUGAAUUUAGGAGAUCUAGGGGCUGAAGUUAUCAAAGUGGAAAGACCAGGAGUUGGUGAUGAUACUAGAGCCUGGGGCCCACCUUUUGCUGGAACAGAAAGUGUUUAUUAUCUCAGUGUUAAUCGAAAUAAAAAGAGUAUAGCUGUCAAUAUGAAGGACCCAAAGGGAGCUAAGUUAAUCAGAGAGCUUGCAGCUGUCUGUGAUGUUUUUGUGGAAAACUACAUCCCUGGGAAACUGGCUGAAAUGGGUCUAGGUUAUGAAGACAUUAAAAAGAUUGCUCCUCACAUAGUGUACUGUUCAAUCACAGGUUAUGGUCAGACGGGUCCAAAGGUUAAGAGAGGAGGAUAUGACUCUAUUGCAGCUGCUGUUUCUGGUCUCAUGCAUAUCACAGGGCAUGAGGCUGGUGAGCCAGUUAGACCUGGAGUAGCCAUGACUGAUCUUGCUACUGGGUUGUAUACGUACGGAGCAAUUAUGGCUGGUUUGCUUCAGAGGUGUAAGACGGGGAAAGGACUGCACAUUGACUGUAAUCUCUUGUCAUCUCAGGUUGCGUGUCUUACUCAUGUAGCAGCUAACUAUCUUAACUGCAGAAUUGAAGGAAAGCGCUGGGGUACAGCUCAUGGGAGUGUUGUGCCCUAUCAG